UGUUCUCACGCUCGCGCUUCGACCAUGGUCAACCUGAGCGAGUUGCUGCUCUCGCUUACCUGCAAUAUAACAUGCAGAACUGCCUUUGGCUCCGGCUUCGACGAUGGAGGCGACAUCCAACUCCACGACAUGCUCAGAGAAGCCCAAGAAGAGUUAAGUGGCUUGUUUUUAUCUGAUUACUUACCAUUGUUGGGGUGGGUUGAUAGGCUACGUGGGAUGAGAUCCAGACUUGAAAGGACCUACGUUAAGCUCGAUAGCAUCUACCAACGCCUUAUAGAUUACCACCGAGAUCGAUUCAGGCAACAAGGUAAAGAAGAUGAAGACGUCUUAGAUGCUUUGCUCCGCAUGCAAAAGGAUGAGGAGGGUCUAACAGAAGACCACAUCAAAGGAGUGCUCAUGAAUAUUUUCAUUGCUGGGACGGACACAUGCUCGGCAACCGUGGAGUGGGCGAUGGCGGAGCUCAUCAGACAACCUGAGCUGAUGAAGAGAGCACAAGACGAGGUAAGAGGAUGUGUCAGAAGCAAAGGGGAGGCGGAGGAGAGUGACCUUCACCAACUUCAUUUCUUCAAGUGUGUCGUCAAGGAGACAAUGAGGCUGCACCGUCCCGCUCCGCUGCUAAUUCCUAGGGAAACCAUGCAGCACUUUAAGUUUAAUGGCUAUGAUAUUCUACCCAAAACAUGGAUGUAUGUGAAUGCUUGGGCGAUAGGAAGAGAUCCCAAUUCGUGGGGGAGGCCUCAUGUCUUUGAUCCACAGAGGUUCAUGCAUGACUCCAUGGAGGCAAAUGGGCAGGAUUUCAAGCUCAUACCAUUUGGCGAAGGUCGAAGGAUCUGCCCCGCUAAGAAUCCUGGAAUGUUAAUGGUGGAACUUGUGCUUGCCAACCUCCUCUACUCCUUUGAUUGGCAUUUACCAACUGUAAUGGUGAAGGAGGACAUCAGCAUGGAGGAAGCAUCUGGUCUUACCGUCAAUAGAGUAUAUGCUCUUUGUCUCAUGGCCACCAAAUAUGAUGCAUCAACCGCCUGA